AUGGAUAUUGCAAGAUGUCUGGUAACGCCAGAGCAUCGACCGAUAUCAUGCAUCGAGAUGCAAACAACAGGUGAACCGACGCGAAUAGUUUUCGAGGGUUACCCAGAACUAUCAGGCACACUGCUCGAACAGCGUGCUGAAGCCAAAAGGAAAUACGAUCACAUACGGAGACGGCUCAUGUUGGAGCCUCGUGGACAUUUCGACAUGUACGGAGCGGUUCUUCGAAAAGAGACAGAGCUUACUAAAUCUGGUGAAGCUCACAUCGGAGUGAUGUUCAUGACGAACGACGGUUAUUCUACCAUGUGUGGGCAUGCAACCAUCGCUUUAGGCCGAUUCCUUCUCGAUACUCACGAUCUCAACACUUUUCCUCGUAGAAAUGAAGUUAAGCACGAUCCCAUGGCCAAAACUGCCCUUGUCAAUCUUCACUGUCCCUCUGGUUUGCUGAAGGUUACCGUUCCCGUCAAUGAUGACGGCUCUGCUUCAGAUCCAAGUAGGCCUGUAUCAUUCCUAUCUGUACCUUCAUUCGCAACUGGGAUUGAUGUGACAAUUUUGGUGCCACCUGAAUACCAAUGGACUGAGCUUCAAGGCAAAAGCAAAGAAAUUCACGUGGACUUUUCGUACGGUGGAGCCUUUUACUGCAUGGUCUCUGCGACAGAGCUUGGAUUUCCUGCUAGGCUGGAAAAUGACAAAGUUGAUCAGCUGGACAAGGCCACGGCCUUGUUGAAAAAGUACAUAAAUUCAACUCCGGACUUAUACAAGUACUUCCGGCAUCCAGGACAUGAUGACCUUGGUUUCCUCUACUCCAUCAUGGUGGUUGAUGAUACCGCCAAAGCACGCGGUUCUGAAGUUGGACUAUGCUUCUUCGCAAACCAACAGAUUGACCGGUCUCCCACCGGUGGUGCCGUUGCUGCAAGGGUCGCCCUAGCAUAUGCAAAAGGGAAUAGACAGUUGGGCGAAGCAUGGGCAUAUCAUUCCUUGGUCUCGGCUAGCGGGCAUGGGCCACCAUUCCUGGGCACCGUGGUCGAAGAACUACCAGAACGAUAUCCAGAGAUUCCAUAUCCCCUGGUACGAGUCAUGGGAGAAGGCCAAGCAUUCUAUACUGGAUUUAGCACAUUUGCAGUGGAGGAAGAGGAUCCUUUAGGUGAUGGUGGAUUUGUGUUUAAGGACUGCAAGCCAGCGAGAUAA